ACAAGUCCUUUGAGUGGCGGUCAUUCUGGAGAGCUGGCUGCACAGCCUAAGCUAGCCUUUGUAUUCACGUCCACGUGACUGGCCGUAAGUGCUAUAAGUGUUGCCAGUGGCCACUGCUGCUUGGCGAACACUUCAUUCUCCUUCCCCUCACGUCAAGGACGCCUAACUCCAUACAGCUGAGUCUUUCUGUUGCUUUCUGACACUAUUUUCGCUCUUCUUUGUGUAGAAAGGUCAAAAUGAGGGCCCGUCGCGGCAAGCUUCAACGCAUGAUGAAUAUGCCACUGGAUAUCUGGCUUGAAAUACUUGCAUACCUGGCACCUGGCGACAUAUUCCAUCUGGCCUGCGCCUCAAGGGAACUACGGGACUCUUUGACGAAUCCAAAUUUAUUAUCCGUGUGGAUAAAUCCAAGAAACGCAGAAUCCCCCCCUGUUCCUCAGCCUAUGAUUGGUUACUCUGAAGCAGCAUGGAUUGGUCUCCUGUUUGAUCCACACUGUGAUUUCUGCCCGGACAAAAAUGUACGUACCAUUGACUUCACGUUCCGUACCAGACUAUGCUCCGAUUGUAGGAAGACACAGUACGUCUCUCCUAACGGAGAAAUCCAGAACUGAUGAUUGACUGCUGUAGACUCAUGACACGGAGAGAAAUCAGGGAAAAGUACCCUGGAACCGAGAUGUUUUGCGAUCUGUGUCAUUCAAAGAGGAUAGAAGGGAAAGGAAACAAGAAACAU